CGUGAUGAUUGAAAAUUUUCAAGACAUGUUUUGUAUUAAGCUCAUUAGUCUACAACUGUAAAAAAGGAUAAGAAGAUUACUUAAGUUUUACUAUGCUUUCCGUGUAUUAAAUUGAGUUCUUUUGAAUUUUUUUCAUCAGAAUUUUCCGUUUUAGUAUAGAAAUUUUUAUAAACAGGUAUUCUGUGAAGGUUAUUUACCGUGCCCACGAAAAGGACAGUGGUGCUCUUGGUCACCAAUCAUUCAACAUUGCACACGUAAUUGUGGACCACGUGGGAUGGGAUUAAGAUUACGCCAGUGUGCUUGCCCGAAGCCGUCGCAAGAUGGUGAAGACUGUGAAAUACCACCAGAAACAGCAGAAAUGGCAGUUAAUCUAUUAGUUAAUAACAGUACUGAUGCUCCAACGGGAUCUGCACUUGAAGCAAUACUUAAAGGUGAAGGAUUAUGGGAACCAUGCAACCGUCAUCAUUGUUCAUAUUUAAAAACAUUAAAUACUGAAGAAGAUUUAUUAUUGUUGGAGGAUUUAAAUCUUCAAAGAGCAGAAGAUGCCUGGAUAUCAUCAGGUGGUCUACCACAGAGAAUUCAUGGUCCCUUAAAACUUUUCUGUCCAUCAUCACGUAAUUCUCGUAAGAAAAUAUUCGAUAAAUCUGAACGCUUUCCAAAAUCCAAGUUUUACUGGACUCGUUCAAUUCCCACUUCUUCAAAAGAACCCUAUUAUAUUCCGGGAAUACCAAUAGUGAAUUCAAAUCUAUUUAUCGUUGAAAAUGAUCACUUGACUAUUCAUAGUUUAGACCCAUCGACUAUGGGAAUUUAUCGAUUUGGUUACGAGUAUGAACCUGGCUAUUUUGAAACAGUUUGCUUUUUUCCUGUUUAUAUUCAUCAAUGGCAACAAGUAUGUAGUUAUAAUGCGUCCAAUUUGAAGCUCGAAAGUAACUGAAUUCAAAGUAUUAUCUCAUGGAGAAACAUUUGACUUAGUUUGUAAUUCAUUGGGAUUAUGGCCUAUUAUAAGUAAAUCUACCACAACAAAAUGGUUCAUUUAUUGGAGCGUAACUUUAUUGGAAAAAGAAGAGCAGAAUGAUAUAAAAAAGCAUAAAUUAUGGUGGUAUACAGAACUGAAAAAUUCUCAUAUCGAUAAACAUGAAGGAAAUAAUUCAUUUGACAAUCAAACUGAUAAUCCAUCAAUGUUUGGAACACAAUUCACAUUAUGGGAUACAGAAUAUAAGAGACUGUAUGAUACUGUGAAAAAAAUGACAGGAUAUUAUGAAUGUCAUAUAUUUAAUCAACUUAAUUCCACAUAUAAUCGAACAUUUAUCACGCAAUCAAUUCAUCUUAUAAUAAAACCACCUCCAAAUAUAUGGACCUUAAUCUUAUCAGUGAGAGAAUAAACCUACCCACCAAGGUUACCGUUACAAAUCUGUAAUUACUAUGGAUCUUUUUAAGAAAAAGCCGGCUUAUUUAUUAAGUACAGGAUUAUGCAAAUCAGCUUCAAAAUGUUUGUGAGCGAAAGCUAGUUCGAAUUGAAGUAGGGCGAAGUCAAGAAAAUUGGGACCUACUGACUGAAAGUCGUGUUUUAACCACUCUUCUAUCCGA